CCGGCGGCGUGAGCCAAUGGCGGCGGCGGCCCGUCCCGCGGUCCUGCCCGGCCCCGGCCGCACUGCGCCGCCCGCCGCCCUCCCCUCGGCGGCACCAGCACCGGCAUCGGGAGACGGUGUCGCGGCGGCUCAGAGUGCAGCGGGCGCUGCCUCCGCUCCCGGCGUCGUGGGAUCUCUGUCUGCUCGCCCGUGCAUGGACGGCGCGCGCUCCGGCCCGCCGCAGGGACAGGGUCGCGCGGCUUGGAGCUCCUUCCUGAUGGGCAGGAAAAUUGUUUGUGGAUAAAAGAGCCAGAGCCACUUUCCAACUCUGGCUGCGGGCGGGCGCACUGCCAGCCCUGGGCCACCACUUUCUUGUUGAUGAGGUUUGGUGUGUUAGAGUGAAUACCUGCAUCUACAGAACCCAGGGCCGCCUGCAGGAACCAGUUGGAAGGACCUGGCUCAGGUGUGAAAGGAGCGCUUUUUGAAGGUUCCAGGGCUGCAGAGGGUUGGCACACGGAAGGCUCCAGCAGAUCCAGCCUUCUCUAGCACAGGCAAGAGAGGAAGUGCAGGUUGGUCUGGGGUGGUGUGACCCAUGCUUUGAGACUCCCGGAGGCCAGCAUGCCGUGGGACACCAGGCCUGGACGCAGCGCCAACGGAGGGCCCGAGGGUCCCGGCGCAGCUCGCUUGCGGGUGCAGAAGCAGUGCCGGAAGUCAUCCUUCGCCUUCUACCUGGCAGUGCGAGAUCAGCUGCCAGUUUGGCUACUCGAGGACAUACGUGCCAGCGAAGCCUUCCACUGUGAUGAGCGGGGGCGCGCUGCGGCCUAUUCGCCUUCGGAGGCUCUGCUCUAUGCGCUUGUGCACGACCACCAAGCCUAUGCACACUACCUGCUAGCUACCUUCCCGCGGUGUGCACUCGCCCCACCUAGCGCGGGCUUCCGCUGCUGCACCGCGCCUGGGCCUCACGUGGCGCUGGCGGUGCGCUACAACCGCGUGGGCAUCCUGCGGCGCAUCCUGCGAACGGUGCAGGACUUCCCAGUGGAAGAGCGCGUGCGCCUCCUCGACCGCCGUGGCUGCAGCCGCGUGGAGGGCGGUGGCACGUCGCUGCAUGUGGCCUGUGAGCUCGCACGCCCCGAGUGCCUCUUUCUGCUGCUUGGCCACGGAGCUUCUCCAGGCCUUCGAGAUGGCAGUGGCUUUACACCAUUGGAGCUGCUGUUGCGCCAGCUGAACCAGGACGCCAGCUCAGCCCCCACUAAGGCUGAGGCAGCUUCUGCCACGGUCAAUGCUGCCACCGCCAACACCACUUCGUCUGAGGAGGUGUGUCAGCGCCGCCUGCUGCUGCUUGACCUGCUAGUACUGUACACCCCGGGGGGCGUCGUAGGUCCAGCUCGAUGUGAACUGCUAGGAGACCAGCUACGCUGGCAGCGGUUGUUGGGUGAGGACAAGUUCCAGUGGCUGGCAGGGCUGGCGCCACCCUCCCUCUUUGUCCGUGCCAUGCAGGUGUUGGUCACCACUAUCUCACCUGGCCGCUUCCCGGAGGCCUUAGAUGAACUGCCUCUGCCAUCGUUUUUGCAGCCCUUGGACCUCACGGGCAAGGGCUAGACUCAGGGGACCCUGACACAGUAUAUGGGGACAGAAGUAUUUUUUUGAGAGCAUUGUACUUGGCACUUUACAUAUAUGGAUCGUUGACUGUACAGAG